CUCGAGCGCCGUUGUUGACCCUUAAGUCUUCAUAAUCCAACAUUCCUUUGCUUACUGAGUUGGAAAAAAGGAUUUCCACUCGAUUUCAUUGCGAUAUAUGUACCAACGCGUGUUCUAAGUUACUAAACCUCCACUCGCCGGCGCCUCUCCGCCAUCGCGCGGGCCAGAGUCGCCUCACACGAAAUGGUGCCCAGCAGGUCCUCAAUCACCCUCCUCCUUCUUACAAUCACCACACUCCUACUCUGCCUCUCCUCCGCACAAGUCACAUUCUCACAACCCGACGACCGCGAAGCCGCACCUACGGCAACUCGCUCCGUGCCUUCAGGCAUCAACCCAUACACAACAGGCACACCCACCGCGAGCGUCUUCCCAGGCGCUGGCAACUAUGUCUACGUCGGCUGCUACAACGAGACGACACCCCUCGACGGAUCACCGAGUACACGCGCGCUGAGCGGCUCCGGGAGUAAGAUGGAGGGCGACGACGCACUUACACCUGAACGCUGCUUCGACUUCUGCGGUGGCGAACAAUACGCUGGGCUCGAAUAUGCACGCGAAUGCUGGUGCGCACCGUAUCUUAAUUCGGCGGCGCAGAAGAUCGACGAAAGCUGGUGUGACAUGCCGUGUAUGGGCGGCGACGAGAGCUGGUGUGGCGGACGCUUGACGUUGACGUUAUAUAAUCGGACAAAAGGCGACGAGGACGGUGCUGCGGGGUCUUGGAGAAGAAGCAGUGGAGUUUGGAGUGUGCGAUUGGCAGGGUCGUUGACCUUGUUGAUGGCUUUGCUAUAAUCUUGUUGUCGGGUCGAGCGCGUAGAUUUAUAAAGUUUGUGAGGAUUGUUCGGUGUUUCCCCAGGGAUGAAAGGGACCCAAGGUACAUGACAGCGGAAUAGACUCACGGUAGAGGCAUUCUCAAAAAUGUAGCGUUGCAGAACGAAAGUUCAUUAAUUACUGCAUAACAUCAAGC